AUGGCAGCAGCGACACCCCCUUGUCCCUACGGGACACACCAAACCCGAGGGAGACUUUUACAAUCUUGGAUCGAGGAUCCUACAGUCCCAGACUGUCAUAUUCAACCCUGUGAUAUAACGUAUGAGGAUCUUUUGGACUGGGCUCCGAUGGACGAAUCCUUUGAUGAAAUCGAUUCCGAGGAUGAGGAAGUUUCCGAGACGGUGGAAAGGCUCGAUGUGGAUGGCCCUUUGACCAUGCAUGUGGUCACGUCUGAAGAUGGAUCAUCGUCACCAGGGGGAACAUCCGGCGAGUGGAACGACUGGCGGUCCUUUGUUGCAGCUGGCUGUCUCUUCAUCAUGACAAUGUUUCGAGCAUCGGGCUAUCAUGCGUCAGAAAUUGCUCAGGCUCUCUAUGCGAGAGCAUACCCUAUCAACACCCUGAAGCACGUCUUUGCGAUCGACGUGGCAAACAAUGAUACGAGAACUUUCAUCAAAGAUCAAAUAUACACGGCCAGUAACGGUCUUGAAUGGCCCGCAUCUAAAUCUCAAAGCUUUGCGUACGGUACUGCGGAAUAUGAAGGCCUGUUAGGAACGAAAAUUGGCUCCGUCGUGGCAUAUCUGAUUCUUGGUGCUUUCACACGAGGAACCCGGAGCGUUUCGAAAAUCAGUGUCGAAGUCUCGGCUACGGGUAUCAUGAGCUUGCAGUUCGAUAUCGAGGAAAUCAAGCCUCUUCCAGAAAAGAAGCGUCGCAGAUCAAGCGAUGAUGGUGAUGGCGGUAGUGGUGAAGGGAGACCGAAAAAGCGGCGCCGAUACAUUGAUCCAAAUUAUGACGGCCCAGCAAAACGUACAAGACUAGCUGUCCGUCUUCAGAAGGCUGGUUCUGCUAAAGUAUGA